AUGUCUGUUGAAGAAAAACAGGCGAGAUCUGUAUUUGUGGGAAAUAUCCCACAUGGUACUACCGAAGAUCAAAUGAAAGAAAUAUUUUCUGUCAUUGGGCCGGUACUAAGUUUUCGAAUUGUAUAUGAUCGUGAAACGGGAAAUCCAAAAGGUUAUGGAUUUGCAGAAUAUCAAGAUAUUGAUAUGGCUCAAAGUGCAAUAAGAAAUCUGAACGGUUUCGAAUUUGGCGGACGAACAUUACGUGUUGACAAAGCAUCAUCUCAAGCCGAUGAAUUAAGACUUUUACAUCAGCAGACAGGCGGUCCACCCUUUGAGAGUGCUUAUGGAGCAAAUGUAUCACCGGAUAAAGUUCCAGAAGUAAUCGCGCGUACAAUAGCUAAUUUACCGCCCGAGCAAGUUGUUGAUUUAAUGAAACAUAUGCAAAUAAUAAUUAAAGAAUACUCGGGUGAAGCACGAAAUAUUCUUAUACAAAAUCCACAAUUAACCUAUGCAAUGUUACAAGCAAUGGUAAUUAUGGGUUUGAUACAACCAAGCGAAGCAGUCAAUAUGCUUCACAAGCGACCAGAUGUACCGCAGAUACUACCAAUAAUUCCAAAUCACUCAACAACACCUGCUGGGCUUCCAGUUUCCGCUACUUCACAAUCAAUGCAUAUCCGACCAUCUUUGCCUGUUCCAAAUCCAAGUUUAUCACAGUCGACAUCUCGCACACCAUUCACAACACCUCCGCCUGUGAUUCCACCUCCACUUCCACCUCCGCCACCAUUCACAUUCAAUCAACCAACAAUCCCGUCAAUGGGAUAUCAGUCGCCAGUUAGUAUCCCAAUGCCAAUGCCUCCUUUACCCCAGUCACACACAUCUCCUGGUAGUAAUGUCUCAAACAUGUCUCGAACAGAUCAAGAAAAAGCUCAUCUUCUCAUGCAAGUAUUACAAUUAAGUGAUGCACAAAUCGCUCAAUUACCACCCGAUCAACGUACGAGUAUCAUGCUCUUGAAAGAGCAAAUAGCUAAAAGCGGACAUGGGCCGCCGAUGUGA